AUGGGGUUCAUGUCGUGGUGGGGCGCGUCCAACCACGGUCUGGACGACAUCGAGUGGCCCGCGGAGGAGCCCACGGUGACGCCCGCGGGGACGUACCAGAUUCGCGUGCGAAUCGUCGAGGCGAAAGAUCUCUCCGCCAUCUCCGCCUUCUCGCUGUGGCAGUCGAUCACGUCGCUGUCGUGGAAGACGCAGGUCGAGGCGACGAACGACCUCCCGAACGUCGUCGGCAAGGUGAAGCUCAAACGCGACGGGUUCCCGACGCAGCGACGACGCACGGUCGUGGAGAAGGAGACGUCGAAUCCGCUCUGGAAUCAGCUCUUCUACUUCGACGAGGUCGAGGUCGAAGAGGGCGAGCUCGCCGCGUUAUCGCUCACGCUCAAGUGCGUCGACCGCACGCGCAUCGGCCGCGACCUCGUCAUCGGGUCGUGCGACCUGAACCUCGAGGCGGUGUACGCGGAGGACGGGCACGAGUUGUGGUACGAGUGGCUGACGCUCACGGACAAGAAGGGCCGACGCAAGGGCGCGCAGGGCGCCAUGUGCGUGUGCGUGACCGUGCUGCACAGCGCGGACGACCCGAAGACGCACACGGAGCUGCACGACAGCGACGACGACGCGAAGGAAGAGCUGGACGGCGUCGCGGUGAGCGCGUAUCAGGCCAAGGACGAGGUUUUGGAGACGUGGAUCGUGAAGGCUUCUCUGUACUCUGGGAGAGACCUUCCGCGGAUGGAUCGGUUCGGCAAAGCCGGCAUCGACGCGUACUUUUCCAUGCAGUGCGGCUCGUCGAAGAUCGCGAGGAGUAAGACGAAGUCGUCGAGAUCCCCGGACUGGAACCAAGAGCUCAUCCUGCGUCUCGUCGUGCCCCCGGGGAAGGGCGGCAUAACGUCGCUGCCGCCGAUCAAGUUGUCUCUGAUGGAUCACGACGCCAUGAUGCGCGACGACCACAUCGCGACGACGCACGUGACGCUCCGCGAGCUGUGCACCAAGCCUGACGAGUACAAGCACCCGAAGUGGUACACCUUCUACGGCGGCCCGCGAGAGAUGGAGCUCGCGUACUUCACGAAGAUGUCGAAGCUCGCGAAGCGGAUGAACGCGGGAUACGUCGAAGGCAGCGCGUACCGCGGCCGCGCGCUGGUGGGGUUUCAGGUCAUGAAGGAGACGUGGUCGAACAAGGGCAUGCGUCCGAAGACUAACAUCCCGAGCGUCCUCGAAACCUUGGGAAGGGAGUGGCCGUGUUACCUGCACACGCAGAUAUACUCGAUCGAGCUCUCGCAGACGCGUCACGUCGGGAGGAACGUAUCGGUGAAGCUCACCAUGGGCCUGAACAGCGUGAAGACCCAGGGAGAGGAGCUCAAGUCCGAGGGGCGGGCGCUCGGAAAGAAGGAGUGCUACGCCAACUUCAACGUGCAGGUGAUCCCGAUGCGCGUGCCGCUGCCGACGCCGUUCGAUGGGCCCUUGCAAGGCCAGGGCGCGCCGGAUUUAUUCGUGGGCGUCUACGUGGGCUCCGGGAAGGGUAAAAAACGCAUCGGCUACUGCCGCGUGCCGUGUCGUCACCUCAUGCCGGUCCGAGAGACGUUCCAGCCGAUCAAAGAGCCGAAGACGGAGGAGACGUGGAAGCUCGAGGGUUGGUUUCAGCUUCACGCGGACGCGCUGGAGGACCACAAGACGGGGCGGUCGCGACGCGCGGAGCACGCCAAGCCGCUCGGUCAGAUUUUACUUCGCGUCAUGCUCCAGGGCUCGCCCGUGGACAAGCGAAACGCGAAGAUGAUGACCAAGUCCGAGCUCGAUCGCUUCAUGACCGCGUACGACGACGAGGACGAGGAGAAUCUCGCGGAGCAGAACCGAGAGACGGCGUCGCAGCGGCAAGCGCGAGAGUUCGAGGAGCGGUCGCACAGGCGGCACCAGAAGUUGUUGAAGGAGACGCCCAUGGAGGCGCGUUCCGUACGCUGA